UGUGUGUGUGUGUGUGUGUGUGUGAGAGAGAGAGAGAGAGAGAGAGAGAGAGAGGAACACAGAAAAGCUGAACAUGGAAUACAAUGCGCAGGAUGCUGAAGAUGAGAGGAAAUGUAAACAGCUUUUUCUGAAUCUCUCUAUAGCUCUCUCUUAUCCUACAACAUCCUGCAUUUAAAAAAAGCAUUUAGCUUAAGUGCCUCUGCAGCUGCAGCCAGAGUGAUCUCAUCAUCUGAGUGCAACAAGACCGAAUUCUAAUUUUGCAAAGACAAGAGUGAGUAAGGAUUUUGUGGGGAACUCCUGCCAAAGAGAGAAAGCGAGACAGGAAAAAAGAGCUAUCAGGGUUCACACUGGGACUCAGUGUGGGUCUGAGGGAGAUAGCAGAGAAUUGAACCGAAGAGGUAAGAUGAGUCUAAGAAACUGUCACACUCUGACCGCCAGUGGACAGGAUUUGACCAGCAGCAGUAGCCGAGGCCCCUGGGAAGAUGCUAGGGCAGUUUUGAAGCCCUCCACCCUCGCCAGGAAACCUAAACCACCCAAGCCAGAGAAUGCUAUCACCAUUGGCGUGUCAGCACGAGUCCUCUUCAACAUGGAGAAGGAGCAGCAGAUCUACGAGCAGCAGGGCAUGGAAGAGUACAUCAAGUAUCAGGUGGAGCAUGAAACGCAGCCUUUCAGCCCCGGUCCUGCCUUCUCUUUUGUCAAGGCUCUGGAGGCGGUGAACACUCGACUGAGGGAGCUUUACCCCGAGAGCGAGGAGCUCUUUGAUGUUGUGCUCAUGACCAACAACCAUGCAUACGUCGGCCUAAGACUCAUCAAUACCAUCAAUCAUCACAAGUUGUUCAUCGAGCGCUUCUGUAUGACAGGGGGAAACAGUCCCAUAGGUUACCUAAAGGCCUACCACACUAACCUUUACCUGUCUGCUGAUCCAGUCAAGGUUCGGGAAGCACUGGAAGAAGGUAUAGCAGCAGCCACGAUGUUCACCCCAGAGAAGAUAACGGAAGUGUCGGAGACUCAGCUGCGUGUUGCCUUUGAUGGUGACGCUGUCCUCUUCUCUGAUGAGUCUGAGCGCAUUUACAAGGCCCAUGGACUGGACAAGUUCUUUGAGCAUGAGAAGACACACGAGAACAAGCCUCUGGACCAUGGACCAUUGAAAGGUUUCCUGGAGGCUUUAGGAAAGCUGCAGAAGAAGUUUUAUGGCAAAGGACAGCGCAUGGACUGCCCCAUCCGGACCUACUUGGUGACAGCUCGCAGUGCAGCCAGCUCUGGAACCAGAGCCCUAAAAACUUUGCGCUCAUGGGGUCUGGAGAUCGACGAGGCUCUCUUUUUGGCAGGGGCACCCAAGGGCCCCAUGCUUGAGAAGAUUAGGCCCCACAUUUUCUUCGAUGACCAGAUGUUCCACGUGGAGGGGGCCGCUGAAAUGGGGACAGUAGCGUGUCACGUGCCCUAUGGGAUAGCUCAGAGAAUUACCAAGAAAGGGAAUAAUGACAAGGACGCUUCUUCAGCACCCCAAGAAUCCUAAACGUCACUGAGACUAAAGGGUUAGCAGCUGAGAGAAUGAGGUUGUCAUUAUAAAGCAAUGUGAUCAUCAAAUCACUUCUUUCAUUAGCAGUUAAUGACAUGUCAGCUCCAGGGGUUAUUCCAUUGAUUGUUACAUUAUCAGUUAAGAAAGAGGUAC